AUGGCGGUCAACCAGGUGCUCCCGUGGGCGUGGGUGCAAUACGCCGGCGCGCCGCUCUGGCACCAGCGGAAGGUGCUGGGGCGCUUGCGGCCAUCGGCAACUCGUCCGACUGAGCCGCUCCGGCUCAUCAUCGCGAAGCCCCAGUCAGACGUGUACGACGAGGACUACGCGGGCAACAGCGCGGACAUCCAAGGUGUCAGGAUGGCGGCUGCCCGGGCUAUCCCUCCUGGCCUGGACCGCGGCCAGACGCACCGCUUCCGUCGGGACCCGACGGCAGUGGAGCUGGUGGUUUUCAACGUCGCGGCCGAGCAGGUGUGCCAGGACAUCCUCGCCAACGAGGCGAUGCUGGCGGGGGUGCCUUUCGUGCCGAACCCGCAGGGCUGCCUCCAGCCUCUGUCGGAGUUCUUGGACGCGGCUCCCCUCGGCGGCGCGGCCGCUGCUGUGCCGGACAAGUGGGUCACGGUCGAAAGCACGGAUUUCAACGCCCGCGGGGUGGUGAUCCAGCUCACGGCCAACGCGCAGAUCUCCGGGGACCUUGCCGUCUUCACCCCUCCUGGUCAUGGCGCGGUGGUUGCUCGUAACAUCCAUGAUCUCGAUGAGGGAGUUUACAAGGUCCUGGAAGCUGUUCACGAUCCACGCAUCCUGAAGCUGGCCCACCACUGUGACCCUCGCCCUCGCCGAAGGUAUGCAGAGGCAGUCAGGGACAUGACCGAGAGCGUGGUGAGCAAUUGGCCGAUCCCUGGGCCGCGGACUGUGCACUGGUGCGUUGUAUGGUUAGAGCGCCGUUCCAGCGCUCCCCUGUCGCACCACCGCAGGUUCACUUCGACGCUCAACCUGAAGUCUGAUCAGUGGGGCGUAGAGCAGCAUGGGACGGCGCUCCGAGCGCUGGACGAGCUCAUCUGCUUCGACGGAACCGACGCUUCGAACUUGGCAGGCGUCGAG